AUGGGCUGUGUGUUCAAUUGUGUUAAUGCAUUAUUGACAUUGCUGUUGUUGCUGCAUACAAGACUCAGUUUGGCCACUGAUGGUGAAGCAUUGAAGAAGUGCAUCGAGAAGGAGAAGAAAGCUCUUUUGUUGUUCAAACAAGGCAUCUAUGUUGACUUUGGUAUGCUGUCCACAUGGAGGGAUGGAGAUGGUGAAGAUUGUUGUAACUGGAAAGGAGUUCACUGUAGCAACCAAACAGGAUCUGUUUGUCCUACAAUUUGGCAUUGGAUGUAGUUAUGAUCCAAGUAAUGAUGGUUUGUUGCACGGAUUUAUGUUAUGAUUUGAAAUAUAUUGCACUUGUAAGAAUGUUCUCUACUAGCAUUUUAUCGAACUGGUUAUGUUAUG